AUGGACUUCAACGCGCUGCUCCAGCAGGCUCAAAAGCUGACCCAUGAAACACAAGUUUCAGAUGAUUUGCCCCGAGUAGAGCGUACACUACCGCAAGUGUUGCAAGCAACGCAGGAACUACACUCUAGGGUUACACAAACCGGCGCCCAGGAUAUGCAAGCGCACAUUCUGCUGGGGUCUAACGGUAUCGAUUUGCCUAAAAUUUCACAAAAGUUGGAAACGCUGAGUUCGCGUAAGACCUUCGAACCACUCGAUCCCAUUGCUACAACAGACGUACAGAAUUUCCUUCGCAAUGAAAAGGAGAAUGCGAUAUUGGCAGUCAUCGAGGAAGUUCACAAGAAUUCCAACAUCGCAGCUGAAACGCAAAAAUGGGAUCACAUGAUGAACGAUUGGAAGCUGGAAAAAAUAAAGCUAAUGAACGCUUUGAUAGGACCUUCGCAAAACUGGAUCGAUAUCAGAAAAGUCCCAGAGCAGACUAUUCUGAAUGAAACUACAUUCGGUGGUAGGUCAUCGCUGAAUAGCCAGGAAAUGGCGUAUGCCAGUGAGGUGCAUGAUUACAACAAGCUAAUUUGCGAGGGAACAAUGAGACCUUCCCUGGUGCAACGUUUUGCUCAAGUAGCGGAAAGUUUCAAUGACUCGCGCAUUAAUGACAUCUGGGAAGUGAUGAAAUACAUGACCAAUGUGACGCCUAUUCCCAGAACACAAGAUCCGCUGAAAAUACGUUGUUCGCAACACUUGUUUAUCGAACAGGCCAAACGAUAUUUAGAGAACCGCUACAAACUCUUCAUGCAAACUGUCAUCUCCGAGCAGCUUCGCGAGGCUCGUCGUGGUGGAGUUCCCAGUGUUCUCAAUCUUGUAGGUUCUUUUGUUAUGCUGAAGCUCAAUAGCCAAGGACUGAAUUCUUCGUUCAUGGGUUUGCAAGAUGCUCAAGUUGAUGGCAAACCUUUGUGGCCUAUGGUUUAUUACUGCUUACGCUGUGGUGAUAGCGCGUCGGCUUUGAAGUGUCUGGAAAAAGCCGGCCACGGACAUGAGGAUCUAGUUGCCGCACUUCAGGAAAAGUGUCACAACCCUGGACAAAAAUCGAAUCCACGGUUAGAGCUACAGAUUCGCAUGCAGUACAAGCGUCAGAUACGCAAUGCAACGGAUCCUUACAAGCGUGCAGUGUACUGUAUCAUUGGAUGCUGCGACAUUCAGGAGCCGCACGCUGACAUCGCGAAGACAACGGACGAUUUUCUCUGGAUCCAGCUGUCUUUGAUACGCAUCGAGGGCGACGACAGCUCAGAGCAUUUAACCUGUUCUGGGCUGCAAAGUAUGAUACUCGAGCAAUACGGUGAGAAACAUUACAAUGCCAAUGAGCAACCUCAUCUAUAUUUUCAACUGCUGGCUCUUACGGGUCAGUACGAGGCAGGCAUCGAAUUUUUGUCUCGCUUCGAAAAAUAUCGUGCUCAUGCGGUUCACAUAGGGCUUGCCCUUAAUGAGCUGCACAUGAUCGGUGGUCCACGUAACCUACAAGAACCACUGCUUUCAGUCGAUUGUGCAGAUCCGCAACCGAUGCGACGCUUGAAUUUGGCUCGGCUCUUGAUGUUAUACGUUAAGAAAUUCGAAGUAACUGACCCUUCUGAAGCGCUGCACUACUUCUACUUCUUGCGCAAUCUGAAAGAUAGCGACGGCCGAAACUUGUUCCUCGUGAGCGUCGCCGAUCUCGCCAUUGAAUGUCGUGAUUUCGAUCUGCUGUUUGGACGCAUGCAACGUGACGGAAUCCGAACGCGGGGCUUGAUUGAUCAGUUUGAAAAUGUACAAAUUGAUACUAGAACAAUUUGCGAAAUGGUUGCAGAAAGAUUUGUUAAAAAAGGUAUGUUUGAAGAUGCCAUAAGGAUGUUCGAUUUGGCAUCACAGCACGAGCAGGCAUUGCGCUACACGUCCAUUUUGCUGUCACAAGUAGUUCAUCACGCCAAGAAGGAAGGUUCCUUGCGUGAGCGAGUUCAGCAAAUGGCAAAUGAUUUUACAGAGCGUUAUGUAGGGGGUGAGAAAAAUUGCGAUUCCCAGACUUGGUCAACGUUCAGCAUCCUGAAGGAGUUGGCCGCUUUCUUCGACUUUUACCACAGCAAAAAUCAUCAACCUGCUAUGGAGAUUCUCGAACGCAUUAAACUGGUUCCACUGCGGUUGUCAGAUCUAGAUGCAUCGAUCCAUAACUUCAAGCGUCUCUCUGGAGAAGUUUGUAAAGUUAUACCGGAUCUGUUGCUGGCGACGAUGGACAUCGUCUUUACCAAAUACAAAGCAUUGAAAGGAAAAGAUGUCGCUCAAUUUGACGAUCAUAGUAAAAAAGAUCAUUUUAGUUAUCUUCGCGAACAAGCAAAGGCGCUCACAAAUAUGGCGGCGAUGGUGCCUUAUCGUAUGCCCGGCGACACGAACAGUCGACUUAUCCAAACAGAAAUUCUGAUGCAUUAAGAGGAAGCGAAAACCAC